CUGUGAGUUCCUGAAGCUGCUGUUCCUCCUCUCUCUGUCUCUGAAUGAAGAUUUGAGCUUCACCCCAGACAGCAACUUCCUUCCUCUGUCCAAACAUCGUGCGUUAGACGGGGAGGAUUCAAAAUCUCAAAUCAAGCAUCACGUCAAAGUCUCGAUUCACUGUGACCUAACUAUCAACAUUUUAAUCUUGUUCUGUCUGCUUCAGAAGCUUUCAAACUCCGAUGUGACUGGGAGUGCGCUCAGACACACACACGUACGCCUCGGGUGAGAGUGUGUUCCAUUGAACUGACUGUGGAGAUAGCUUUAACUGGUUAGACAGACUGGGGAUGUCUCCCGCUGUUUGCGGUGCUGAGAUACUGCAUGUGUGUCCUGUCUGUGAAUUAGGCUUCAUCUGACCGUCAGACCAGGGGGGGGAAGAGACGAGGAUAUCCGCACCAUGGAGAAACGGUGGAAAUGCGGGGAAUGCGGGAAAGGAUUCUGUUCCCCGUCUGCCCUCGAAACCCAUCGGCGCAUUCACACCGGCGAGAGGCCGUUCACCUGCUCCGUGUGCGGCAAGGGCUUCGCUCACUCGUCCGCCCUGCUGACCCACCAGCGGGUCCACACCAGGGAGAAGCCGUACGCCUGCCGGGAUUGUGGGAAGGGAUUCACUGAUUCCUCCGCCCUGCUGACGCACCAGCGCAUUCACACCGGCGAGAGGCCGUUCACCUGCUCCGUGUGCGGCAAGGGCUUCAGUCAGUCCUCCAACCUGCAGAUGCACCGGCGGGUCCACACCAGGGAGAGGCCGUUCGUCUGCUCCGAGUGCGGCAAGGGGUUCACUCAUUCGUCCGCCCUGCUGACCCACCAGCGGGUCCACACCGGGGAGAGGCCCUUCAGCUGCCCGGUGUGCGGGAAGGGCUUCAGCGACUCGUCGGCUCUGCUGACCCACAAGCGGGUCCACACCGGGGAGAGGCCAUUCACCUGCUCCGUGUGCGGGAAGGGGUUCACUCAGUCGUCCAACCUGCUGACCCACCAGCGGGUCCACACCGGGGAGAGGCAGUUCACUUGCUCGGUGUGCGGGAAGGGGUUCGGUGACUCGUCCAACCUGCUGAGACACCAGCGGGUCCACACCGGGGAGAGGCCGUUCACCUGCUCCGAGUGCGGGAAGCGUUUCACCCACUCGUCCAGCCUGCGCACGCACCAGCGAGUGCACACCAGGGAGAAGCCGUUCAACUGCCUUGAGUGUGGGAAGGGAUUCACUCAGAUAUCCAACCUACUGAGGCACCAGCGUCUUCACAAGUGAACCGGAGCUCGGUUCUGCAGGAGUUACAUCCAGGACCUGGACUGUGUACAUCCUGACAGUGGGUCAUAGAGAUGUACAGCAUGGAAACAGACCCUUCAGUCCAAAUCAUGCAUGCUGAUCAGAUAUCCGAACCCAAUCUAGUCCCGUUUGCUCGCAGAUGGCCCAUAUUCGUCUAAACCCUUCCUAUUCAUGUCCCCAUCCA